AUGGUUUCCUCUAGGAGUGGGGCAGACCCCCUUGUUCAUUAUGGACGCCAUUUUGGACGAACAGUCCACGCCUUGUGCAAUAUCCACGCAAUCAUCAAUAACAGAAUACUAAGACUAGGAGAGUUGGUGGAUCGGCCAGAGGAAUCUUUCAGCGCCGAGGAGAGGCACGAGCACAAGAUAUUUUUGACUUUGCUCGAGUCAGUUCCAGGUCUGGAGGAGUGA